AUCCGUUCAUUUGAACUUUUCCAGAGCUAAACGACGCAAAUCUAAUGCCAGACACUUUUAUUAGUUGCGACAGGUUUCAUUCAAGAUUAUCAAGUGUGUGAAAGAAAUUAGCAUUCCAAAAAUAGAAAUAAAUUCAAAAAUGUGGGACAAUAUGUGCAACAAGGUGAUAUUGGUGACUGGGGCAGGCUCUGGGAUUGGGAAUGCACUGGUCAAGCAACUGGCUAACGCUGGUGCCACAGUCAUUGCCGUGGCACGCAAGGAACAGCAACUCAAGGAGCUCGUUGAAUGUGAUCCGGAACACAUAAAACCCCUGCUGCUCGAUCUCUCCAAUUGGGAUAAUGUGCGUGAGGUGCUAUCCGCGGUGCCGCAACUUGAUGGUCUGGUUAACAAUGCGGGCGUGGCCAUAAUCAAGCCCUUCGAGCAGUUGACUGAAAGCGAUUUUGAUACCCACUUUGAUGUGAACAUCAAGGCUGUCUUUAAUGUGACCCAAUCGGUGUUGCCCAAAAUGCGCAAUGGCAGCUCCAUUGUUAAUGUCUCUUCCAUUGCGGCAUCUCGUAGUUUUGCUGGACACACAGCUUACAGUGCCACCAAAGCGGCAGUGGAUUCAUUAACCAAGUCACUGGCCUUGGAGCUGGGGCCACGGCAGAUACGCGUCAAUUCCGUCAAUCCAACGGUGGUGCUCACCCGCAUGGGACGCGACAAUUGGUCAGAGCCGGCAAAAAGUGGUCCAUUAUUGGCGCACAUCCCACUGAAUCGAUUCUGUGAAGUGCACGAAGUUACCGACGCCAUUGCAUAUUUGUUGAGCGAGAAAUCCAGUUUUGUCAACGGUCAUCACAUCAAUCUCGAGGGCGGCUAUUCCGUAUCCUAGAAUCUUAGAAUCAUUUUUUACUUUUUAAAACGUUCUAAUUUCCGCUCUUUUUAAAAAAAUAUUAUAGUGUUUCCUAAGCACCUCUAUGAACUCACAUGUUUUUUAGUUCAAUUUAGAAAAUAACUUUUAACUAAAUAUAUAAGAAAUUUUCAGAAUUCACUCGAAAAUCAGAACUGCAGCUAUAAUUCGAGAGCUUCAUAAAGUAAAUUAUCAUAGUUUUUGUUGUAAAACAAACUUGGAAGGAAAUAAAUAGGUAUAUUUUCUACGAAUCUCUAGCAACCCAAA